ACACUGUACCUGACUGUCGAGUUGUGCGGGACAGAGCGCUGUCCACUUGAGAAGUAUAGUGAAUUUGAGAAUUUGAGCCACCAAGGCAUUUAUAAUCCAUAUCCUGCCUUUGUUCACUUAUAUAACUGACAGCUGAUGAGUUGUGUGCUGAAGUCCACGAGCGAAGGGAAACGGUGACAGGGACGAAGGGAAAAGGGUCAGUAUGGAAGAGGCAGAACUGGUAAAGGACCGACUCCAAGCAAUAACGGAUAAGAGAAAAGUCCAAGAAGACAUUGUUCAUAAAAAGCUGGAAAUAGACCAGGAGAGGUUAAAGCUUCAGCACUUAAAGAAAAAGUCUCUGAGGGAACAGUGGCUCAUGGAUGGAACGAGCAACCAAAGCCCACAACAGAGAGAGACUUUGAGGGGAGAUCAACAACAAACUAAACUCCUCCAGACCAGCAUCCACAGGAUGGAGAAAGAGAUUGAGGCUCUGGAGAGGGAAGAGACAAUGAUUUCGAAAAAUGAGGGCUUCAUACUGAAGAGGCUGAAAGCUAUCGAGAAAACACCUGAGGAGAUAAUAAAGGACGCAAAGGAGAAUUUCCAAGAAGAGCCAAUCCAUAUCAACCCAGCUACUCCAGAUGCCCCAAAGUCCUGCAAACCUCCAAUCUCAAAGAUGCAGUCCUUUGAAUCUAAUAAGGACACACCCAAACAAACCAUGUUUGCCAUGGAGAUCAACGUCCAGAAGGAUCUCCGUACCGGGGAGACCCGGGUCCUAUCCACAUCCACUGUCACCCCCCAGGUGCUCCAGCAGAGAGGGGUCAAAGUCUAUGACGACGGCCGCAAGUCUGUCUAUGCCCUGCGGUCUGCCGAGUCUCAGGUGGGGGAUGGUUCUAACAGAGUGGACGAGCUCAGCGCUAUGGAGGUGGAGGUUCUGCUCAGAGCAGCAACAGAGCAGAAGAAGUCUCAAAGCGGCCCACUGGGCCACCAAGGCCAUCAGGAAUCAGUGUCUGCAUUCUCCACCAACUGUGGCCCACAGAGCCACCAGAAGCCAACAUUGCCUGCAUUCUCCACCCGCCGUGGCUCUCGGGGCCACCAUGAGCUCAGCCCUAUGGAGGUGGAGGAGCAGCUCCGAAAGGGUACAGCGCAGAAGAUGCCUCAAAGCAGUGCUUUCCCAAAAGACCACCGGGGCCACCAGGAAUCAGUGCCUGCAUUCUCCAACACCUGCAGCUGGAGGGCCUCAGCCCCCAACAGACCCCAACAGAGUAAUGCUAAAGUCAUCUACGAAACCAAUGGGAAUGGGUAUCAGCAAGAGUCGUAUAAGCGUGAUGUCCUCUCCAGGAAGGAGCUCCACUAUAUUGAUGGAGUCCACAACUCAGGGCUGGAGAUUCUUUCCUCCUCCCCUCACAUUCCAGUCCAUUAUUUCAUUGGCAGGCAGGAUGAGGAGUACUACCAGCCAAACAACGGGUAUAACCAGAAUCCUUUCUCUUAUGGUGUGGAGAAAGGGUUCCCCACCGACGACUUCUACCAUAGCCCUAGAGAGAACCCACGAGGAGGGAUGUUUUACGACUCAUCAGUUGAAAUGGACCUGAGGCCGUCUCCGAUCUACCAGGAAGACUCGCACUUCAGUAUCCUGAACACCAUGGACACGUCCGAGCCUGUCACCGCCAUCUUUAUGGGCUACCAGACCGCAGAGGAUGAAAGUGGGCGUGGCCUUGGCUAUGAAGGAUCCAUCCGGGCCGAGCUUGUCGUCAUUGGCGACGAGGAUGGGGUGGACGAGAGUAACCCUCAGUUUAACACCUACACCGCGGAUGGCUAUAACAACCGGGGCUACCAUCACUGUCAACCUCAACAGAACUUAUUCAAAUACAUGGCAGAGCCCAUAGCUAAUUUUAACUCAAACAAUGCAUCACCGUACACAGCAUCAAGGAAUUUGGUCUAUCCUGGUCAACAGGCCAAAGAGUCACACUACCUGUAUUCAGGCGGACAGUCCGACGAGGACGGGACAGAGAAGCACUCUGCCCCAGCUUCAAGUACAAGUAUGGAGAAACCUGAACAGUUUGUGUAAAAAUACACCAUGCAAGACUCAGCAAACCUACACGUUCCAUGACAAGAGAAGAAGAACCAACUUUGCACAAAACGUUCAACUAACAGCAAAAUGCUUCUGAGAUGCCAUCAAUAGCUAAAACCAGAGCCUUGUAUUUGGAUAACUCUCAACAUAUUCUCAAUGUAAGGAUGUGGCUAAUACUGUAAAACAUGUUUGCUCAUAACGUUUCCUUACACAGCUGAAUAUAUACUAAUGAUGUCAUUUAGAGAGAAAGAAACCAGCCGAAAAGUAGACUUUUGAAAUGAAUCUCUGAUCUUAAAUGUUAAAUGUUCCUGAAGAUAUAAGUGCCUCUGAUGUUUACUGUACUCUCUAGCCUUUUAUGCUGCUGUCGGCUACUAGUCAGCACUUUUGAUAUAAUAAUAAAACCUUUAUGGAGUGCCUCAAUGUAAUAUGCUGUUGAAACUGUAACCUGGGAGCAUAUUUGUAAAAGCUAAUCAUGCUAACAAAACCAUUAAAAAGCUAAUUG